AUGGUCCUCCAGCAGCAGCAGGGGGCGCCACAUCACCUGACCUCAGCUCAGUCUAACAGACAGCCUGUCAGACUGAACCUGCUCACCUGUCAGGUGAAACCCAGCACAGAGGACAAGAAGUGCUUCAACCUGAUCUCCCAUAAUCGGACGUACCACUUUCAGGCUGAAGACGAGGCAGAGUUUGUCAGUUGGGUGUCUGUGCUGACCAACAGUAAGGAGGAGGCCCUGAAUGUGGCGUUUCAGGGCGGAGGUCAGAGCUCAGGUGUGGAGGAGGAGGAGCUUACCAAGAGCAUCAUUGACGAGGUGCUGCGGUCGCCAGGCAACGACAUCUGCUGCGACUGUGGAGCUUCAGAUCCUCGCUGGAUCUCCACUAACCUCGGCGUCCUGACCUGCAUCGAAUGUUCAGGGAUUCACAGAGAGAUGGGAGUCCAUGUGUCCAGAAUCCAGAGUCUGGAACUGGAUAAACUGGGAACGUCUGAGCUGCUGCUUGCCAGGAAUGUUGGGAACUGUAGUUUUAAUGACAUCAUGGAGGCCGGCCUAUCAUCUCUGUCCCUGAAGCCGACGGCGUCCAGCGACAUGAUGGUCAGGAAGGAGUUCAUCAACGCCAAAUACAUCGACCGCAAGUUCGUCAGGCGCACCGUCUCCAUGGUGACCAGCGGGCUGAACGAGGUGUACGAAGCGGUGCGAUCCAGAGACCUGCUGUCAAUCAUCCAGCUGUAUGCUGAGGGGGUGGAGCUUCUGCAGCCCUUACCUGAACCAGGGAAGGAAUCAGGAGAGACAGCGUUACAUCACUGUGUGCAGACAGCUGACCCCUCCUCCCUCCACCUGGUCGACUUCCUGGUUCAAAACAGUGGUAACCUGGACGGACAGACGGACGGAGGAAACACAGCUCUGCAUUACUGCUGUCUGUACAACAAGUCAGAGUGUGUGAAGCUGCUGUUGAGAGGAAAACCUGACAUCACCAUCACCAAUCAGAGUGGAGAGACAGCUCUGGACAUCGCCCAAAGACUGAAGAACUCUCAGUGUGAAGAACUGCUGGUGGAGGCAGUGUCCGGCAGGUUUAACCCUCACGUUCACGUUGAAUACGACUGGAGCCUCCGACUGGACGAACUGGACGAGAGCGACGAUGAACUGGACAAUAAGCCCAGUCCAGUGAAGAAGGAGCGCUCCCUCCGUCCUCAGAGUUUCUGUCCAUCCUCCAGUCUGUCCUCGCAGGAGAAGCUCUCUCUGCCAGCUUCCUUUGUUCCUCCUCACAGGGACAAGCAGCGUCUCUCCUACGGGGCGUUCACCGACCCCGUCUACAGCACCUCUGCUGACACGCCUCCGUCCCCAGGGCCUGACACCUCGGGACCUUCACCUGCUGCCAGAAGCCAUGGCAGAGGCCCUGUCACCGGCCCGCCCACCUCCCUGCCCCUCACGUCCCACAUCAGUGGAGGAGGAGGAAGCUCCACCCUGAAGAAGAGACCCCCUCCCCCUCCACCUGGACACAAGCGCACCCUGUCUGACCCUCCCAGCCCAGUCCUGCAGGGAGUCGCAGGUAAAGGAAGUGAGCUGACCCCCCCACUGGGAAACAGGACGUCACCUGCCAACAAGUUUGAGAGAAUCCAGCAGCAGCAGAGCGCCACCUCCAGUAACACCAAGUCCACACUGGGACCCAGAGUUCUGCCCAAACUACCUCAGAAAGUGGCUUUGAGGAAGAUCGACACCAUCCACCUCCCCUCUGUGGACAAACCCAGCCAGCCUCCAGACCUCCUUCACAAACCCUCCUCCUCCUCCUCCUCCUCCUCCCAGCCUGACCCCCAGAAGUCUCCUCCCUUCAUUGAUGCCUCCCCUAAACACCCCCUCACCCCGGUAGACUCCGCCCAGAGAGCCCCAUUAGCUGAGAAACCCCCGUCAUCCAACCUCCCCCCCAAACCUCACCUAUCUGACCUCCCCCCAAAGCCCCUCUUCAAAGACCUCCCACCCAAACCGCCACUCAGCGAAAGGCCCUGCCCCUCCCCUGUUGCUAUGGAGAUGCAGGGAUCCAGGCUGGUGGUGGCAGCAGAGAGCCAGCAGGAGGAGGCAUCACCUUGGCCAGCAGCUGAAGAUACAGAUGAGGCUGUGGAGACGCCCGUCCCUCUGCCGCGUAAAAUCAACUCUGUGAAGACUAAAAUCCGGCGGGUGAAAACCAUCUAUGACUGUCAGGCUGACAACGACGAUGAGCUGACCUUUGCUGAGGGAGAAGUCAUCAUUGUCACUGGAGAGGAGGACCAGGAGUGGUGGAUUGGACACAUCGAGGGACAGCCGGACAGAAAAGGCGUCUUCCCCAUGUCCUUCGUUUACAUCCUCUCUGACUGACAACCACAGAGACAAGUGUGAGGCCGCCGCCGCCGCCACAAGCCCCGCCCACACGCAGAGGUCACACAGGUGACAGUGGCCGGAGUCAGUCGGUCAGUGAUGCCGACAGGAACAAACUAACUGCACCUGGAUGUAAAUAGACUAUUAUUCUGCCUGACAGUGUUACCAUAGUAACAGUGUUACCAUAGCAACCCAGCAUGCAGACCCAAGCGGGCCAGUAGCAAAACAAUCUGCAGAGAAGGAAAAGGUCAGAGGUCACCGGGAGCAGGAUUCUGAUUGGACAGCAGCUCGUCACACCACCAGCCGAUCACAGAAGCACAACUGAAGGAAAGAGGCACAACGUCCAUCUGACGUCUGUCUCUGUCCUUUGUGUCCGUCCAGCUCGUCCUGGCUCCCAACUCGUCAAAAAACAGAGCUUUGUCAGUGGACGCCGGCGUCAGACACGGACGCAAAGAGACGCCUCACCCUGAGAUGCGGUCAGUUCGUAAUGUUGCCAGCAGCAACCGUCACAUAAAGAGUGAGUCUGUAAUCAGAGGACGGGGACGGAGGUGGACGAGACCAAUAGACUCCGAACCUUCACCCUGGACGCCGCUGUUCGUGUCACGUUUGAAUUUUAAACCAAACCAGGAUGUUUUUUUUAAACCUAACUGCGUGAUUUUUUUUUCCUGAACUGAAGGAAAUAAAAGUAAAUUUGAGGUGUUUCAUAGACGCUGUAACCUUAUUUUGAAAAGACUGUUGGCAUGUAACGAGCACAAACUGAGCACUUCCUGUGAAAACAGAAGUUUAUUUUGAAAAAAAACACGAUGAUGUAACAAACUGAAACACUGUCCCUGGACGUCUGUAACAGACGUAGGAAGUUCGCAGCGUGUCAUAUGAAGGCAUGCAGGUCCACUGACAAGGAGUCGGUAUUUGAUGAGUUGGGAUGAGAGCGUGUCGUCCUGUCUCACCUCAUGCAGAGGAAAUGGUAGCGACGUCCUCGUCCUCCUCACAGCUGAGCAGGAGCACUUCCUGUGUGUGGAUGUCCACAGAUCAUGAACCUGAGCGGCUGGACUGACGCAAUCUGACUGUUUCCUGUUUACCUGUGUCAAACAGCCGACUGGCUUCAUCUGUCAUUCACAAAACAGACUCGCCAUCAACACAUGGAGGUGUCAUGUCAUGAUGUUUGAACACAGGUGACAUCAUGGAAACCGGCGGAGGGUUCCCGCCAUUCUGGAAUUCCUGAAAAAGUUACAGAAUUAGAAAAAACUGAUUUCCAGGCCUGGAGAUGUUUUGAAAAAGUUUUAAUUCUACAUGAUAUCAGCUGUUGUAUUAAACAAGUUCAUAAACUUCCUGAAAAGUGCUGCGCGGCGUGACGGAUGAGACGUCACCAGUGUCGCAUGUCUGGCGUAGGCAGCUGGUUGGCGGCGGGAGAGACUAAUGUGCGGGUAAAGGUAGCGAGCAUUCAGUGUACGUCUCCACAGACAGAAGUGUUAGGGGCAAUAGCAAGUUAACCCAAAUGCAGACACGAGCAGGAGCCAGGAAUCAGUUAAUUGUAUUUAUUGUAGAGCCAGGGAUUCAGGGGUUGGAGGUAGGGCAGCAGGUUGGGGAGCGGAUCCAGAGGAGUUGAGGGAGAGCGUGAGACUGAAGACACACAGGAGCUAAAAUUAGUCAUGGGUAAAACUUCCAAAAAACAGAGCACAAAUUCAAGGCUUGAGCGUAACACUAACUAUGUAGAGAUUACAAUCUGGCGAGUGGAGAUGGCAGAGCUGAGUAUAAGAAGAGGUCUUGAUUAUGGCAAUGAGGUGCACCUGGUGGCUCCACCCUGACUCCAGCAUACCUGCAGACACAGAGAGAGAGAGAGAGAGGAGGGGGAGGAAGACGGCUACUGUGACGUCAUUCCAGGGGCCGAUGUAACAGUACCCCCCCUCUAUGGGCGCCACCUGGCGUCCAACCAGGCUAGUCAGGGUGGGUGGCAUGGAACUCCCAUACGAGGGAGGGGUCCACAAUCUAUUUAUGGGGCACCCACCCAGCAGCGCUCCUCGGGUCCUUUUCUUUCCCAAUCCACUAAAUACUGUAAACCACGGCCCCCCGUGGCGCACAUCCAACAGCCGUCGAACUGUAUAAGCCGGAUGGUUGUCGAUCAUCCGGGGUGGUGGAGGCGCUGCAACAGGAGGGGACAAAGGGCUGGAGCGGACAGGCUUAAUGAGGGAAACAUGGAAGGUGGGGUGAAUCCUGAGAGAGGUUGGCAGUUUUAGGCGUACAGCAGGGGGAUUAAUGAAUAAUUCAAAAGGACCAAUGAACCGAGGGGCGAGUUUCUUUGAGUCAACUUUCAGGGGGAGAUCCUUGGAAGAAAGCCAUACCUUUUGGCCAGGGGAAUAUACUGGAGCGGGGGCACGAUGACGAUUGACUUGAGUCUGGGACCUGGUGGAAGCACGGAGAAGAGCAGCCCUAGCCUUUGGAUUGAAGGUACUGCAAUCUCUGCUUCCUGAGAUGGGAAUAGCGGGGGUUGGUAACCAAGUGUGCAUUCAAAAGGUGACAUACCAGAGGAAGCGUUGACCAGGGUGUUGUGUGCGUAUUCCACCCAAGCCAGUUGUGCACUCCAGGAGGAUGGGCUGGUGGAAGUCACACAACGUAGAGCUGUUUCCAUCUCUUGGUUGGCCUGCUCGGUCUGGCCGUUAGACUGUGGGAAAGGCUGAGGAAAGGCUGACAUUAAUGUCAAGGGCAGAACAGAAAGCUUUCCAUACCUGGGAGGUGAACUGAGGUCCUCAGAGAUGAUGUCAGAAGGGAUGCCAUGCAGACGAAACACAUGAGUAACCAUGAGGUCAGCAGUCUCCCUGGAGAAGGGGAGCUUGGGCAGAGGUAUAAAGUUAGCCGCUUUAGAAAACCUGUCUAUGAUGGUUAGUAUGGCUGUGUUACCGUUUGAUGGGGGAAGACCGGUGACAAAGUCCAGUGCUAUAUGAGACCAGGGACAGCUGGGUAUGGCAAGCCGGAGGUGGGUUUAGUUGAGGUCUUGUUUUGGGCACAGACAGAGCAGGCAGAGACAAACUCUGGAACAUCCCUCUCCAAGGAUGGUCACCAGAAGCUGCGACGCAGGAAGGCAAGUGUCCGAUUAACACCAGGGUGGCAGGUCAGAUGGGUGGAAUGGGCCCACUGGAGAACAGCAGAGCGUACAGAGUCAGGAACAAACAAGGCAUUAAUGGGACCGUUACCUGGAUCAGGUUGAUUCUGCUGAGCUUGACGAACAUGUGAUUCAGUCUCCUAAGCAACAGCGGCAACAAUGCAUGUGGAUGGCAGGAUGGGGUCUGGCUCGGAACUGCAGCUGUCAGCAGUGAACUGGCGGGAAAGGGCGUCUGGCUUGACGUUUCUAGAUCCAGGGCGAUAAGUGAGUGAGAAAUUGAACCGACCAAAAAACAGAGUCCACCUUGCUUGUCCGGAGUUGAGACAGUUCUUGUGAUCCGUCCAGACUAUGAAGGAGUGAGCAGCACCUUCUAGCCAGUGAUGCCAUUCCUCUAAGGCUAACUUGAACCAGGAGUUCACGGUUUCCAAUGUCGUAGUUCAUUUCUGCGGAUGAGAGUUUUCGGGAAAAGAAUGCACAUGGGUGAAGUUUAUGGUCAGAAGGGGAACGUUGGGAUAACACUGCACCUACCCAGCCAGGAAUCAGUUAAUUGUAUUUAUUGUAGAGCCAGGGAGAGAGAGAGAGAGAGAGAGAGAGAGGAGGGGGAGGAAGACAGCUACUGUGACGUCAUUCCAGGGGCUGAUGUAAUACAGAAGUGCGUGGUUAAUAAUGAAUGGCUUCUGAACAACAAAUUAAAAACCCGACUCAAGAGAGGACGACUGUGAGGCUCACCUGUGAGAGCAUGUAGAAAGGCCUUGUCCUUGCUGCAGUGGCAGCAGGGUCGUUUCCAACUCACGGCUCUUUGCUGCAUGUCAUCCCAUCUGUCUCUGCCCCGUCACGCUGAUACUGUCCCAUCACAUAAAGGCUGAACAGUCAAAAAACAAAAAAAAUCUUUAAAAAAAAAAGGCCAACUAUCGCUGAGUAGGAUGUGAACUCUCUGGUCAGGUUGAGGGGCGGGGCUACAGUCAGCUGUGUUAAAGGGGAAAAGCAUCAAGACAACAGAGCGCCAGUGUGGGCACGUAUCCGGGCCAGAUAACCUUAUCGCUGUGUUUCUACUGUGUGUGAUCUGUGUCAGCGAACCAGAGUCAGAGCCUCAUUACUGCUUCCUGUCAUUGCUGCUCAGGCCUGAUGAUGACACAAACUCACGGUAACAUACUGUGGAAAUGUUUUGGAAAUGUGUCAGUCCAGAUGUGUGGAACAAAAAGGGAUGAUUGUUCGUCAGAGUAGAUUCAGGGUCACUGUUCUUAAACACACACGUUUCAUGAUCCUGGUGUGACGUUUAAUGAGAGCGAUGUUUGUUUCAGCCUCCGCUCUCUGUCCAGCUCUCUUGUUUCCUCCUGAAUCUUUUACACUUAAACAGAAGGAAGAAGAAGAAGAAGAAGAAGAAGAAGAAGACAUCCACCCUGUGAUUCACAUCAGCUCCUGAAUGUUCUGUGUUCUUCCUUGGUUGGUUUCAUCCUUCCACCAAGUUUCAUAAAAAUCAGGAGCCGUUUUCACAAACAUCCUGAGAAUCAGUCAGGGGUCAGAGGUCAGGAUGAUUCAGGAACGUUCUCAGAGAAAGUUUGAGUGAUGAUGGGACAGAAACUGUGACCUCAGUGAGGAGGUGUGGUCGACCCUGUUGUUAGGUGUGAUGUGAUUGGUUGUCAGAGACACGCCCCUCUGUGAGCCUGUAAGGUGUGAGGACACCCAGUGGACAUGAGAUGAACUGCAUCACAAUAUGAGACUGAAGGUGUUGUUACUGUUAAGCCCCGUCUCCACCAAACCCUUUCAGUCCAGCACCUCUGGAACCAGCAGUAACCCUUCAGACAUGGUACCUAGACCCUCGGUCUGUUCAGACAGUCCUCUUAAAUGUGGGCGGGGUUGUUGUCACUCACUGCUCCGUCCAGCACUCGCUGUAUUUCCUCAUCAGCGGUGACACAGAUGGAAGUCUGCACCUGGUUUAUCGUCCACAGAACGAGGCUGCACGCCCACAUUUUCAGAACAAAAUAGAACAGGCUGCAGUGAGAGUCUCUCUCCAUGGGAUAUUUAAAAAUAGCAGCUUUGUGCAUUUAGUCCUUCUCAGGCAAGCUCAGGGGUUUAGUGUUGCUGUAGCCCACAGGAAGUGAGGAUUAGAAUAUAUGACCUUCACAUAAUCCGCUCCAAAUUAAUCUAUAUUUUUAAAGUCAUUACUAAAAGUGUGUGUCAUAUAAAAACUAAAGUGAUGGUCAAAGUUGUCACAGUGAAAUUUAAGGUGUGCUGAUGGAUUCACGUCAUCAACUCAUGCAUUGAGUAACAUUACAAGUUAACGUUCCACCUUAAAAGUUGCCGGCAGUCGGCCCAGUGAAUGAAGUUAUUUUUUUCUCUUUCAUUUUAUAGUUGUAGUUUACUGAUGUAUGAACAGAGGUUACAUAAAACCAGAGUGACCGUCCUCUACUGACCAAUCAGACUGCAGGGUUCACAGCUCCACCUUUUAGUACCAGAUCUGUGUGCUAGGUACCCCAACAGAGGGGGGACCAAACAUGGGGACGCUAAGGAACGCUUCUGUUGGGACCAUCCACAACUUUCACUGUGGGAACAGAAACUUUGAACAGCUGGGAGGAGGCGGGGCUUCAGUCGUGAUCACUGCUGAUGAAGGUUGAGACAGACUCUACUCAUUACUGAUGUGUUUUUACAGUUUAUCUCAGUGAUGUCAUGAUUUUAUUUCCAGCGUUAUAGUGUUGUUUCAUUGGGUGGGAAAUGUGUGCGUCUCCCUGAUGACAUCAUCUGAUCUGUAGCAUUUCAUUUCCUCUGUCCACCGCGUUUGGAGAAUAUUUUCCUGACCUCUCUGUGUUUCCACCAUUUUCUCCUCUGAUUCACAAACUCUAUAAGUCCUCCUCCUCCUCCUCCUAAAGUAAUAAAUAAGAGGGAACGACCCCUCACCUCCUGACUCAGAUUCAGAAUAGUUCCAUGUCAGAUACACUCUGACUGUAUUUACUGUACCUACGUGUAUAAAACACACACCUGUACCUGUACAUACUGCACACCUGUUUACACCUGUUUCUGUUUCCUCUCAGCAUAGUCUCACUCUGAUUUCAGUCUGAACAACUCGAGAGGAGAAGUCGACUACGAGUCCCAGAGAGCAUUGCUGUAAGAGUCAUGCCAUCAGAAAGCUUCAGGUGUAAACCAAUAAGGAGACCCAGGGGUGAGAUGUAGCUGUAACAGAUGGAGGACCCAGGACCAGGAUCAGACCCAGGAUCAGUUUAUGUUCAGAGGAUUAAAAAUCUGUCGUUAAGAAGUUUUAAUUAAACUGCAGUAAAUUCACCACUGAUUUUUUUUUUUACAUUUUUAUUUUAAUAAAGAUAAACUCACUAGAGACACAGCAUCCUCAGUUCACCAAACCUCCUCCAGACUCACUGAGACAUUCAGACUGAAUCCUCUCGUUACUCCCAUCAAUUAAUCUUAACAAUAUAAUUAACAUAUGUAUUUUAAAGUGAUUCAUUAAUGGAUAUAUUAAGGUAUUUUAAGGGCUAAACUCCCUUUCAAUUGAUUAAACAACAUGAAAGAAGUUAAUUAAUUUAUACAUUAAAAUAACUUAAUUUAUCAAGCAAUCUUAAACCCUUAAUUUAAACCAUUAAAUAAAAUAUGAUCCAUUAGUUUUCCAUGAAUUAUCCCCAAAUUUAAGGGUCCCUGUAAUGUUACUCUGUAAAACAGUUUCUACCCUUUAAAUAAUAAUAAUAAAAAAAAACCUCUAAAUAACCUGGAAAUUAAAGUCAUGUUCUUCUUGAAAUCUCCUUUACUAAGUGCUUUUUAAGUUACAUUUUUAGUGGGUUUAGUUUUUAUGAAUUAAAGGCAUGGUUCAAUUUAAAGUUUUUUUUAAAGGGGUUACUUAAGGCAUAACUAAGGGAU